ACCGUUGUGAUUGAUAAGGACUUUAUGGAGUGGCGAGUGCUGGAUCGGGCGUUUCCAGAUGCCAAAGUCGUCCUGUGUCAGUUCCACGCGCUGACAUACUGGCGCAAGGUUUGUGCAAGAGCAAAGUUCAACCUGAGCAUGAACCAACGGGACGCCAUGGAAUCUGCAUUCGCAAAUCUCAUUUACUGGUUAGUUGGAUGUUGCUAUGGGAUUUCUUGA